CGGAGCGCGAGCUGUUACUAAAGACUACGAAGCGGGCUCGGAGGCGCUGCAAUUUUGUAGUUCUUCCAAUUCAAUCAACUCAACUCAACCCUUAGCAUUCCGGGUGGCUAGACACGGUAUCCCCUGUUUUUGUCUCUAAGCGGAAUAUGUCAACCAUGUCCGCCAAUUUUACACCUUCAAGCAAUACAUACGACAUUUCCUUUUUAUAUAUCUUCAUGAUCCCGACACACUUGUAUCUACUGCCCUCCCGAACUCAAGUUCUUUCCUCAUGGCCCUUUAUACUCCACCAUCUCUGCCCUUAACUCCUUGCAAAAUGGGCUCAUCAUCACGUCCGUCCUUGCCCACUGAACUCCUAGCUACCUGGUCAGCUUGGCGUCCAUCAGGGCAGACCGGUCUCCUGACUCCUCCAAUGUCAGCCUCUCUAUCAAGGCUCGGUGCACCACAGGUGACGUCCUUGCCACCUAUUACUCAUUUCGAUCGUCAGGUUUCAUACAUGCAUCCAAUAACACCUCCGCGUACUCAAGACGCGUCGACCUGGUCGCGACCCGUCCAGCAAUCACACGUCGCUCAUGUGUCACCUGAACCGUAUGUGGACGAGAUGGACCAGCACGCACAUCCCUUUCAGCAAAAGGUUGCAGCGUCUGAAGAUGUCCCUCGGCCUAUUGAUUGGUUUGAUGACUCUUUAAAGAGAUCGCCACACUAUAUCGCGGAGAAAACUUGCGAAAUGAUAUGCUACCUAUGGUUCUCUGUGUCACUUUCCAGCUCUACAUCUACCCAACCACUCACUCCUCCAUACUCCCCUGAAAUUCCUGCCGCUACUUCUUCUCUUCAGCUUGCUGCAUCACCGGCCUUUGUGUCCUUUAUGCAAAAGUUGCUAGAAACUACCCAAGUCAGCCAAUCGGUGAUCGUCCUGUCUCUCCAUUACAUAUGGCGACUCAAGGAACGUAACCGUUACACCGCUGGUUUACCGGGAAGUGAGUUUCGUAUCGCAGUCGCCGCGCUCAUGAUGGCAAAUAAAUUUCUUGACGACAACACGUACACCAAUAAGACAUGGUCCGAGGUUUCUGGUAUCGAGUUGGCUGAAAUCACCCGAAUGGAAAAGGAGUUUUUGAUGGGCAUCGACUUCAACCUUUACAUUUCGAAGAAGACGUACGAUUCAUGGAUGCACCUAUUGAGGGGGCUCGUUCAUGCAAAAGAAAGAGAGUGUCGUAGAUGGCGUACUCGCGCCCGGCAUCGGACGCCUCGUCAUACUCAACCGAUGUCCGCAGCACCAACUCGCUCCUACAGGUGGAGGUGCCAUUCGGCAUCCCAUCGUGCACGUUCGACCUCGCCCGAGCAACCCGUUCAUCCUCGUACAUAUUCAUCUACAUAUCACGUGACACCACCAAAUCCUGUUGUGUCGCCAUGUCUUGCCCCCGGUUUGAAACGCUCGGCUGCUGACGCGUUCUCACCUACUUCGUCAUCGUUCCACGAGUUACCGCCCUUGAAGCGUCCCACUGGCAUGACUUUGCAAAUUCCGGAAACCAAUCAUCCAACUGCCCCACAUUCGGCGUCGCCAGUUGAAUCUUUGCAGUCUUUUGCCAAGAUGUCGUUAUCGUCAUCGCCACACUCAGUACGGUCCGCACAGUCCAAUCAGUCACACCAAGGUGAUACACGCCCGCAAACUUUGGUAGCUGCGUACCGUGCGGAAGGACCUGUCAACGUCCCUCAAAACCUUUAUUAUUACUCGCUUGCUGGGUCGUCAACUGACUAUGCAGCGGAAGAGGAAAGGGUGCGGCGCAAAGCUCGAUUGCGGUGUUACCAGCCUCAGCCUCCGCCUCCACCAUCUUAUCCGCCACCUUACAUGCCACAGGACAUUCAGUCCGAGUCUGUCAGCCCUUACGAAAUACAUGUCGACGUGCGAGCCGUGCCUCUUCCUCACCUACACGAUGCUGUCUGGUCUCGUAAGCUUGCUCGACCUCCUUCGUAUGGCGAAAGUUCUUUGCAAUUGCCCCCCUUACGGGAAAACGCAGUUCCGUCGGCUCCAUUCGCCAACGCAGGACCACCUGGCGUCCAUUUUUACUCAGCUUCUAGUCAGCGGGAAUCACCCGCAUAUCCUUAUAAUUGGUCUUAUGGCAGAUAGUCCUCAGCUACUCAUUUCUGUUUAAUGCACACGAUUAUUGCAUCUCAUCGGUUCCCCUUUCAUAUCGAACUUCAACUUACUUAGCACUUUCGCCAUAUCAUUUCGUUGCACGCAAUAUCAUUCAUUGACACUGACAUACAUUCUCGGCAUCCUCAUUUGUAUUUCACUUACAUUUCCACUUUCUGUUAUCAGAAAUCAACCAGAGAUUACAUUACCCUCAUAGUUAGCUACUGUACGAGAAUAAAUGCUAAACCGACCAUACAUCGAAAUCGUCGGAGCUCGUAGGUUUGCUUGUG